AUGUAUAAACUAGUCAAUAAAGUUAUAGAUGCUCAAACAAUAUAAUAUCCAAAGAGGUAGUUUUAUAUAAUAAAGUAACUUGAGAAUACUAAUGAAAGAGGAUUAUAUAUUGCAAAUGCAUAAGAAUGGGGAGAUAAUUCUUAAUAAUAUGCACUUAAAAUACAAAAGGAGAUGAGAGAUGAUGAGAAAACUCUUAUUUCUUUUUUAAUAUAAGAAUAAAAUAAUAAGAAAAGAAAUGAUUAAAAUUAACUUUCCAAUCACAUAAUUUAAAUAUAUGACUAUUUUGAAUGUUAAUAACAUCACAUCCUCGUUAUGGAAAUUAGUUAAUAAAAUUUAUUAGAUUACAUUACUUAAAACAAAAAUGUAUCAAUAAGUGAAAAAGAAAGAAUUUGUUAUCAAGUAAACAUAUUAAUAUUUAUUUAAUAGAUUACUUUACCAAUACUAUGGUUUCAUCAAAAAAAAUAUAUUCAUCGAGACAUUAAACUAGAAAAUUUCAUCAAAGUAGGUAAUAUUUUUAAAUUAAUUGACUUUGGCUAUGUUAAGUAAUCAAAUCCUUCAGACUAAAAAACAAAGUAAAUUGGCUCUUUGAUCUAUCAAGCACCAGAAAUUUUAGAGAAUAGCAAUAUGUAUACAGAAAAAGUCGACAUUUGGUCUUUGGCAUGUGUUUAUUAUGAAGUAUUAUCAGGUUUGCCAUUAUUUGAUGGUAUUAUAAUGUUAUCAUAUGAGGAUAAACUUAUUAGAAAAUAAAUACAUAAAUACUAGACAAAAAUUAUGUUCUUACUAAAAUCAAUUAAUUGAACUCUUCCUAAUAAAUUAAAACUCUUUUAAUUAAAAUGCUGGUUUAUGAAGAAUCUUAGCGACCAACAAUUCAAUACGUUUAUAACGAAUUAAACUAAUACUUAAAUAAUACUCCAGUUAAUAAAAAGGUAACUUCUAAAAUUAUAUAAUAAUUUAGACUAUCUAAGAUGAAAAUAUUUGUGCAUAUUCUACUAAAUUUCCUAAUAGGAAAUUUAAAAUAAUACAAUAACUUGGAUAAGGAGGAGAAGGUAAAUUAUACUUAUGUUAAUCGAUUGAUUGGGGAAUUAAUGAUAAAAAUAAAUUUGCAUUGAAAUUUUUAUAAAAUUCUAAUCCUGAUGAAAUUUCAUUUAUUAGAAAUCUUAUUACUAAUGAAAAUUAAUACAAUUAAACCUAAUAAAUGAAAAAUAUCUCUGGUUUAAUCAAAAUUUUUGAUACUUUUUAAUGGAAUAAAUAAGAUGUUAUAGUUAUGGAAGUUGGAUAAGAUUUACUUAAAUAUCUAAAUUAAUAUCAGUAAUUAGAAAUGUAAUAUAAGCUUAAGAUUUUAAUUUAAGUAUAGUUUUUAAUUUAUUUUAUUAGUUAUCUUAGUCAAUUUAAUAAUUACAUGAGUUAAAGUAAAUACAUAAAGAUAUUAAACCUGAAAGCUUUGUUAUAGUAGGAAAUCAAUUCAAACUUAUUAAUUUUGGUUUUGUGAGAAAUUCUUUUGGUAUAGGAAAUACUAUUAGUCAAGAAGCAUCUCCAUAUCAAGCACCUGAGAUUGUUUAAAAUAGUCAUGGUUACACUUUUUCUGUAGAUAUAUGGUCACUAGGCUGUGUAUUUUAUUAUGUUUUAUCAAAUUAACAAUUAUUUAAAGGUAUUCAUUUUUAAUUAAUCAUUUAGAAACUAAUCACAAAAAGGUUACACAAUAAAUUUAAUAGUUUGAUUAAAAAUAUUUGGAGGAUCAAUUAAAUUAGAAUGAUAUACCUUAAAAUUUAAAGAGUCUUUUAAUAUAAAUGA